AGAUGAAACAAGUUACAGUAUGGGCUAGGCCUGACAUCGUGUGUUGCAUCUGGCCUGCUGCUAAAAUUGUGUUGUCAUUCUUUCUCGGCAUCAAGCGUGAUUUUAUAGACAGUCAAGUUUAAAUCAUGGGCACUGCACGUUACGAUCGGGCAAUCACUGUGUUUUCUCCCGAUGGACAUCUUUUCCAAGUUGAAUACGCUCAGGAAGCGGUAAAGAAAGGAUCAACGGCAGUGGGCAUAAAGGGAGCAAACAUUGUUGUCCUAGCCGUGGAAAAGAAGUCCGUGGCCAAGCUCCAAGAGGAACGGACGGUCCGGAAGAUAUGUCUCUUGGAUGACCACGUAGUGAUGGCAUUCGCCGGCCUUACUGCCGAUGCAAGAAUACUCAUUGACAGAGCCAGAGUGGAGUGUCAGAGCCACAAACUGACGGUGGAAGACCCCGUUACGCUGGAGUACAUCACUCGUUACAUUGCUCAGCUGAAACAGAGGUACACGCAAAGCAAUGGUCGACGGCCUUUCGGCAUAUCUGCCCUCAUAGCAGGAUUCGACUUUGAUGGAACCCCAAGGUUGUUCCAGACAGAUCCAUCAGGUGUAUACCAUGAAUGGAAGGCAAAUGCUACGGGACGCAGUGCCAAGACCGUGCGGGAAUACCUGGAAAAAAAUUAUGCUGUUGACAAGAUGCAGCCUGACGAAGGUGCCGUAAAACUGGCGAUACGUGCCCUGCUUGAAGUCAUUCAGGGUCACAACCUUGAAGUGGCUAUCAUGGAGCGGGGAAAGCCACUCAAGAUGCUAGAAACCCGGGAAAUCGAGAAGUAUGUGGAGGAGAUUGAAAAGGAGAAGGAAGAUGAGGCCGAGAAGAAGAAACAGAAGAAAUGAGCUGCAUCCUAUACUGGUGGCAAUUGUAACCUUAAUCUUCCGAUAAUAAAAUGACUUCGGUCCUUUGCAUAUA